AUGCAGGAAGUCCGGAAGGAGAUGCAGGAGGUCCAGAAGGAGUUACAAGAGGCCCGGAGGGAACUGGAGGAUCAGAGAAAGAAGGAAGCGCCUGCACCAGCAACAACGGCCAUAUCGAGUGGUAUCUCCAACCCCCUCUAUCCUGCGGUGGUUCACAACUUUGCCGAUACGCUUCGCAUCUAUCCCACUAAGGGCCAGGUCGUCGAGUGCAACCACCAACACAUGCUUGGCAUGGACAGCCCCGCCAUUCAGGUCGAGGUAAAGCACGAUGGUGUUGGUGCGGAGAAGGUUGAAUCCUCAAAUGCCGGCAACUUGGCCAAGCGCUUGCCCUUGUGUGUUGGUUGCAGGGUGAUGCUGACGCGGGAUUUGUGGGCCGACGUCGGGCUCGUCAACAGCGCACAGGGCACAGUCUACAACAUAUCCUGGAAAGAAGGUGUCGACGUGCUACGAGACCGGCCCGAGCUCAUUAUGGUGGCCUUCGACCACUACGACGGCCCGGCCUUCACGAUAUCAAACGGGGAGCCGCUCCGUAGUGGGGAGAAGCUGGUUGUCCCCAUCCUCCGAGUGCGGCAGGACUUCAUGGUCGGCGCCAACUCAUGUUCAAGAGAGCAGUUCCCGCCGUUGGUCAGCUAUGCGAUCACCGUCCACAAGUCACAGGGAAUCACCUUGGACAAGGUCGUCUGCGAUAUCUCUGCGCCAGAGUUUGCUUCUGGUCUCUCCUACGUGGCCGUGUCGCGGGUGAAGACACUCGGCGGGCUGAUGUUUGAGUGGCCCUUCGACCGCAGCAGGGUCUACCGCGAGACACCAUCACGAGCUAUGGGAUUGAAGUUGCUGGAUCAUGCUAUCACGCAACUGCAGGCGUUAGACGCUGUGGCGGGGGAGGAUCCCUUAGGGUUAAGUGGGUUUAUAACUAGCGACGACGAGAGUAUAGAGGUAUGA